GAGGGAGCUGCGAGACGGGGGAGCCCUGACGUGAUCCUAGAAUAUUCCUCCAGGAGGUGACACUGGGAAGGUUACUGCUAUAGGUGAAUGUUGCAUGGCUAGUUGUGAGUGCGGGCCGGAUUGGUUAUCCCUGUCGGUGGGGCUUUGAAUGGCAUUUCUGAGAAGUAGGGCACGGCGAUUAAUAACUACUUGUUGACUACCUGAAUGAAAGAAUGAAUACCCCCAAGAACCACAUAUUCCUAUAUGAUUGGCGCGACGCGCCCCUAUGAAGAACAGCAACAGUUACUUCUUAAGGCCCCUGUUCCACGUACGCCAGUCGAUGCCGCAGUGUUUUCUGGGAAAGGUAGUUCUAAAGCCCGUCGUCUGGCCCCGGUCAAACUGAGCCCAAACUAAACUUCCCAGAAAGCAGCACACUCGCCUGGGAAGAGGGGCAAGAUGGCGGACGCUGAAGACGGUACUUUGCGACCCGCGGGAGCCUCUGCUGCCCCAAUUUCAUUCAGCUUCAGUCGCACGUCCGCCAGGAGACGGCUGGCGGAUCCGGGAGACGACGCGAGUGCGGCUCCGGAGGAGAAGGAUUUCUUAAAGACCGUGGAAGGGAGGGAGCUGCAGAGUGUGAAGCCCUCAGAAACCCCCAAGGAACUCGUCAUCCCUUUGAUCCAGAAUGGCCAUCGCAGGCAGCCACCGACCCAGGCUCCUGGGCCAUCCACAAACACUGAGGCCUUGGUGGGAGGGGUGCUGUCUCAGGCUGUAAAGGAGAUCAUUGAGGACUCCAAGAAGUCCCUGGAGGAGAGAGAAAAUUCGGGUAUCGACCCCAUGCUUGCUAUCCCCAUGAUCCAGAAAGGAUGCAUCCCUAACGGAGAAGGGGCAGACAGCGAACCCCGAGCUGAGACAGUGCCGGAAGAAGCUGAUUACGAGGCAGUCCCUGUAGAGGCCUAUGGGCUGGCCAUGUUACGAGGCAUGGGCUGGAAGCCUGGCGAGGGCAUUGGCCGCACCUUCAAUCAAGUGGUAAAGCCCCGUGUCAACUCACUGAGACCAAAGGGGUUAGGGCUGGGUGCCAACCUGACUGAGGUCCAGGCCCUGGCCCCCACUGGCCCCCACCGCCUGCCAAAGCCAGAUGAGGAGCAAGAGAAGGAUAAGGAAGACCAGCCUCAAGGACUGGUGCCUGGGGGAGCUGUGGUGGUUCUUUCUGGCCCGCACCGAGGCCUCUAUGGGAAGGUAGAAGGCCUCGAUCCUGACAACGUUCGGGCCAUGGUUCGCCUGGCCGUGGGGAGCCGCAUGGUGACUGUUAGUGAGUACUACCUGCAACCUGUCUCACAGCAGGAGUUUGACAAGAAUUCCUUGGAUCUCAGCCAGAUGCGUAAAACUUCCUCAGUGCAACAGAAUGGAACAGCUUCGUCAUGGAAGGCCCUCCGGGAUCAGGACCUCCCCAGCCAGCAAGAGGACUCACAGAGGAAGCGAAAACACCUUCCUGACCGACAGGGGGAGCCUGCUGCCAAGAAUGAGAAGGCAGGUCCCAGGAGCCAGCACUGGUUGCACAGGGACCUACGCGUACGCUUUGUGGACAAGCUGCACAAGGGUGGCCAGUAUUAUAACACCAAGAUGACGAUCGAAGAUGUCCUCAGCCCAGAUACCUGUGUGUGUCGAACAGAUCAAGGCCAGGUCCUGGAAGGCCUGAGGGAAGACAUGCUGGAGACCCUGGUCCCCAAGGUCCAAGGCAACCGGGUUAUGGUGGUGCUGGGGCCACAGGCUGGAAAGGUGGGCCGCCUGCUGGACUGGGACAGAGAACAGAGCCGGGCUGUGGUGCAGCUGCAGAGAGAGAAUCAGCUGGUGGAACUUCACUAUGAUGCUGUCUGCCAGUACCUGGGCCCCAGUGACUCAGAUGAAGACUGACCCAUGGCCCCGUUCCCACCCCCAACGCUGCCACCUGCUCUGUAUGGUGUGGAAAGACAGUCUUCACAAAGGUGGGGAGGUCAUUGUUCCAUCCUCCACUUGCACCUCAGCCCCAGGACAGGGACAGGGCAUAAGAUAGAUGGGCCUGAAGGGAGCCUUGAAACAAACCUGGUAUUCUCCAGAAGCUAGUGUGUAAUAAAAAUCAUUUCAAAAACUCAGUAAAAUGACAAGAUCGUAAGUGUGUGCUGAGCUGAGUAGAAGCGGGAGCUGAGCUGAUGGAAGUGGGAGCCGUUCCAGGCUUCAGCCCCACCUCCCUGCAUGGGCUGACAGACAAGUUCAAGGAUCUGUCUGCUUACAAGUUCAUUCUUGGAAUACAGAAGCUACGAAGUGUGUCCCCUGAGCAGACGCUAUGGAGUCUGGAGUGCCACAUCUUUGUACAACUUCCUGAGGAAGAAUCCUAAUGGUGGCUCUACUUUUUUUUUUUAAUUUUUUAAAUGUUUAUUUUUGAGAGAGAGAGAGACAGAAUCCGAAGCAGGCUCCAGACUCAGCUGUCAGCACAGAGCCCAACACGAGGCUCAAAGUCACAGAUGGCAAGAUCAUGACCUGAGCCAAAGUCAGAAGCUUAACUGACUGAGCCACCCAGGCGCCCCAUUGGUGGCUCUACUUUUUACUCUUGGUCCAGACCAGACGUCCAGAGGAUAUCUUGAGCCAGUGAUGAGAGUCCAGAGGAAGGGAGGUUUCUACCCACAAAUGGGAUGUGUUUGCACUAUUUCUCAGAGGACUCAGUUAAUUUCAGGGCCCCUGUUUUAGUCCCCAAACUUUGGCUAGAAGGUAAAAAAAAGUUUUGUCCCAGGUAGAAUUUCUCUGAUCCAGGUAACUGGACUCUCAAAAAGGUUAUUGUCAGACAGCCCUCAAACUUUUUCCCAUUUAAUGGGCUGAGAUCCAAAAUCAACAAGGGAAGCAAGAGCUUUAGGUCCAAUUGCUUCUAAGUCAUCCCCAAAUGCAAACUGGUGCAGCCACUCUGGAAAACAGUUUGGAGGUUCCUCAAAAAAUUAAAAAUAGAACUACCCUAUGACCCAGCAAUUGCACUACUAGGCAUUUAUCCAAGGGAUACAGGUGUGCUGUUUCAAAGGGACACAUGCACCCCCAUGUUUAUAGCAGCACUAUCAACAAUAGCCAAAGUAAGAAAAGAGCCUAAAUGUCCAUCGAUGGAUGAAUGGAUAAAGAAGAUGUGGUGUGUAUAUAUAUAUAUAUAUAUAUAUAUAUAUAUAUAUAUAUAUAUAUAUACAUACAAUGGAAUAUUACUCGGCGAUCAGAAAGAAUGAAACGUUGCCAUUUGCAACUACGUGAAUGGAACUAGAGGGUAUUAUGCUAAGUGAAAUUAGAGAAGGAUAAAUAUAUGAUUUCACUCAUAUGUGGAAUUUAAGAAACAGAUGACCAUAGUGGUAGGGAAGGAAAAAUAGAUAAAAACAGAGGGAGGCAAACCAUAAGAGACUCUUAAAUACAGAGAACAAACUGAGGGUUGCUGGUGGGGUGUUGGGUGGGGGGGAUGGGCUAAAUGGGUAAUGGGCAUUAAGGAGAGCACUUGGGAUGAUGAGCACUGGGUGUUAUCUGUAACUGAUGAAUCACUAAAUCUACUCCUGAAACCAAUACUAUACUAUAUGUUAACUAACUUGAAUUUGUUUUAAAAAGAUGAUAUAACUGUUAUAUACACCCAAAAUCAGAGUACCUAAGUAUAUAAAGAAAAUAUAGAUAUAUAUGAAGGUAAAAAUAGUUUUAUUACACUAUAUGUUAACUAACUUGGAUUUAGAUAAAAUUAAAACUACAAAAUAAAAAAACAAUAAAUCAUCCCUAGUCACUAAGUUAUUGAUGUAAUAAAUGGUAUUUGAGUUAGAUCUAGAUCACUGGUAUGAACUCCUGACCUGUCAGGACAUGGCCCAGUGCUGUAGAAUUUUUUAAAAAAAAUAACUGAAUUAUCACAUUAAAAUUAUUACAACUCUUGGGGCGCCUGGGUGGCUCAGUCGGUUAAGCGUCCGACUUCAGCUCAGGUCACAAUCUCGCGGUCUGUGAGUUCAAGCCCCGCGUCGGGCUCUGGGCUGAUGGCUCAGAGCCUGGAGCCUGCUUCCGAUUCUGUGUCUCCCUCUCUCUCUGCCCCUCCCCCGUUCAUGCUCUGUCUCUCUCUGUCUCAAAAAUAAAAACGUUAAAAAAAAUUUUUUUUUAAUUAUUACAACUCUUUUUUAUCUGAUUAAAUCUUUUGAAAAUUUUAAUUGUUGAAUACAUGUUAUCAUACAUACAUACAAUGUUAUCUUAGUUUCAGGUGUACAACGUCAAGUGAUUGAACAAUUCUAAUACAUUACUCCAUGCUCACUAAGAAAAGUGUAGCUACCAUCUGUCACCAUACAACUUAUUACAACAUUAUUGACUCCAUUCCCUAUGGUGUACUCCUUGUCUCCCUGACAUUUUUUUUUUUUGAUAACUGGGAGUUUGUACCUCUUAAUCCCCUUCACCAAUUUCACCGAUCCCCUUCCUCUUUGGCAACUACCCCUAGAGCGGGGCGAUAAAGGUAAGCUACUGUCUCUGCCCAGCAGAGGCAGAAUGCUGUUUAGAGCCAAAAUGAGCAGGUAUAGAAAAACGGCCAAAUCAAUGGCCAUAUGCUGAGUAAGGUAAGGGAUGAUUGGAAGACCUUCCAGUAUCAUAACCCCAGUGUGAAGUACAAUUGCACAGGAGCGCCUGGGUGGCUCAGUCAGUCAAGUGUCUGACUUUGUUGGCUCAGGUCAUGAUCUUGUGGUUUAUGGGUUCAAGCCCUGCGUUAAGCUCUGUGCUGACAGCUCAGACUGGAGCCUGCUUCGGAUUCUGUGUCUCCUCUGCCCCACCUCCACUCAUGUUCUGUCUCUCUCUCAACAAUAAAUAAACAA